AUGAGUGAUACCGGUACUUACACACAGUACCGGUACCGCAGCACAACUUUUAUUAUUAGAAACUCAGCCUCCCUCUUCCCGGCCUGGCCUUGGUUCUGCGAGAUUCAUGGUCAGAAGCAGCUUCAACGCAUCAUCUUCAUCUUCAUCAUCAUCGUCAUCUUCAUCUUCACCUCCACCUUCACCUCCCCCGUCACCGUCACCGUCACCGUCACCCUACGCUUCUUGCCAAUCGGGUUCCUACACGAUCGCUUCUACCCCGACCUGCCCUCGUCACAUGGCAGCGCCUCGGACAUGAAUAGAGAUCACCACCACCGCCACCCGUCGUCCUUUCCGCUUUUCUUCCCUUCAACGCCAGCCCAUGCAAGUUAA